UUGUUUUUAUUUGUUGUAUUUUAGCAUAAAAAUAGCGCCGUCACAAUAACAUUCUAUCGACAUGAAAACGUCUUCGCCGGCUCUGAAGUACCUCUUGGAGAAGGAUGUGCAGCUUUCGAAGUACUUUGUCGUUGCGGUCUCAAACUCGACGUUCUUCAAAUCGUUGAAGAUACACAGCCGGUUCCUUGAGAUAUCCUGCGAUGGCAUUGCCUGGUUCGCAUCAUGGAUUGCGUUUAUUUAUAUGUUCAGCUCCAAGAACUUGUAUCAAAUGCAAGUAAACAUGCUUUUCGGACUAAUACUCGAUGUUGUUAUCGUGGCCGUGUUGAAAGCGCUUGUGAGGCGAAGAAGGCCGGUGGCAAGCAAGGAUAUGCUUACAAUCGGUCCUGACGUGUUCAGUUUUCCGUCAGGACAUGCGUCUAGAGCCUUUUUCGUUCUUCUGUUCUUUACGAAGCUGUAUCCCGUACAUUUCAUAUUUAUGAUGCCAGUAACAGCAUGGGCCGUCAGCGUAGCUAUCUCAAGACUCAUACUGCAACGCCACUACAUAUUGGAUAUUUGCGCUGGAGCUGUGAUUGGGGUCCUGGAAGCAUUGAUCGUCGGCUUGUUUUGGAUAAGCGAGCAGUCGGCCUUCAACAUUGUUGGCUUUGUGUCUAACGAAAACGUUGAAAGCACAGCUGAAUGAAAGAAUUCGGAAUUCUUGGUCAAAAAGUAAAUGUUAUUUUUUGUUUUUACUAAAUACUUCGUUGAUAUUAUACAACUAUUAGCAUUACAAUGUUCUUCAGGCAAAGAACAGAAAAAAGCUCUUUGAAACGAUAGUAUAAAAAAUAAAGACCAAAGAAAAUCUC